AUGAAAGAAUCCUAAUUGCCAGACCCUGAAAAAAUAAAAUAUUCUUUUAAUUUAAUUUUAUUUACAAAGGAAGAAAAGUUGCGCAAUCAAGCAAGUGAAUUUUUAAGAUAACUUGAAUAGAAUGAACCUCAAUUUUUGCUGUCCUUAUUAAAUAUAUAUGAAAAUGAAAAUGUACUUCUUCAGAAAUAAUAAUUAGACUGAAGUAAUGAGACUUCAAUCAUUGUUAUUAUUGAAAAAUGCAAUUACUAGAAAUUGGAUAAAAGCAUCAAUUAUAAAUGGAAAAAGAGUGAAUAAUUUAUCUGAAUAAUUAAAAGCACAGGUUAAAGAAUCUUUAGUAAAAUAACUUUCAUAAAAUAUUGCAUUAAAAGAAAGGAAAAUUUUAAAUCAAAUCUUAUAAGUUAUUGCUAAAUAUGAUUUCCCGGGAAAAUUUUAGGAUUUGGAAAAUUAUUUCAUAACAACUUUAUCAUCGAUUAAUUAGAUUAUGAAUGUUAUUUCGAAUCCAAUAUAUGAUUUUAUAAUUACAUUAAAAACUAUUGAAAAAGAAGUCUCGAAAAAUAGAUUAAGUAAAUUUGUUAAAUAAAUAUUAGUGGCCUUUAAAACUUAAUAAAAAGAGUUUAGUCAAAAAGUUCUACAAUUAUUUACUCAUCUUUGGAAAAAUAUAACAUAAUUAUAAUUAUAAGAUUUAACAAAAAGUUCUUAAUUUACCUGUAAUGUUUUACUGUAAAAGACAUCCUAAAAAUUAGAUCGAAUAUUAAGCUAUUUGGCAAUGCCUUUUCAUCAAGAAGAAGACUUGUAAAAUAAAUUAUAUCUUUAGACAAAUUAUUUCAGAAAUAUUUAAAGCUUUAUUAUAGAAAGCGACAGAACUUUUAAAAUUAUAUUCUAAUUCUGAAAUCAUAAAAAUUCAUUUAAAAACAUUAUUAUCUAGUUUAACAAAUUUAUAAUAAUUAUAUCCUAUAAGUGUAGGCUAUUCCCUUUAAGACUUUUUGACUAUUUUAAGAAUUAUAUUAUUUUUAGAUGUACAUGAAAAUCGAUUAAUUAAUAUCGGAUUAGCAUCUUUAACAAGAAUCUUAAAAACACAUUUCUAUUAUUGCACAAAAGAAUAAUUUAAGGAAAUAAUUCCUUAACCAAAAUUGCAAGUGUAUAUUUAAUUAAGAGAAUUAUGCCAUGAAACAUUCAAGGAAUUUUUCAAUACACACAUUAUAUCUUUAUUAGAAAGAAUAAUAAUCAUUAAUUCAUCAAAAAGAAAUUAAAAUAUCAAAGAAAUCUUAGAAAUAGAAUAAGAUUUAAUGAAAAAAUCGAAUGAGGAUAAAGAUGAUGUUUUUGAAUCUACAUAUGUUUUAUGUGAAGAAUGUGAAGAAUAAUUAAUAAGUAGAUUUCCACAAUAAAUAAUGAGUUACUUAAUAGAAAAUACAUAGUAAUUGAUAUCAACUAAUUAUUCAGUUAUAAAACCUGAUUUAAUGGAUAGCUUUUUUUCUUUGUUUGGUAGGACAAUCAAAAUUUAAGAAAAAUUAAAGUUAUAAACAGUUUCUGUAAUUCCGAUUUUAAAUUAUUUAUUCUAAACAGAGAAUCCAGAAUAUUAUUAUAGAUACAUUGUGUUGGGUAAGGAGUUUAUUUCUAGAUUUUCUUAGUCUGAACUUGAAUAAUUUUUAGAACAAAUUAGAAUAAUUGUAUUAAAGUCUAAUGAUAUAGCAAUUUAAAUAGCAGGAUUGGAUUGUAUUAAUUAGGUUUUAAAUAACCAAGCAAAUAAAAUUGAUUGCUAAAAUUUUUUUAACUUACAAAAAAUCAUUUCUUUAAUUUACAAAAUAUUAUAAGAUGAUGAUAUAUCUCAUUAUAUUCAGGUUAUUAUCAACUUUCUCUACCUUUUGGUUUAUAAUUCUUUUGUAAAAAAAACAGAUUAAAUUUAAUUAACAAAUGAUUUGUUAAGUAAUUAAAGUUUAAUUAAUUUAUUCAACAUAAAAAUAAGUUUAAUAAUUGAAAAUUUUUGUGAGAUGUUUAAAAAAUUAUUGAUUAGUUUUUCUUUUGGUAAUGUGCCAGAUUAACUUUUUUAAUUAGCCAUAAUAUUUAUUUCUUAAAAUAUUCAAAGUAAUCAUCAUGAAAUAUUAGAUUUAUAUUUGAAAUUACUUUACGAAUUUAACAAAGUUAUUAAUGAUAAUGCUAUAGGUUUUUUAUUACAAAGCCUUUUUUUGAAAAAUGAAAAUUUACUAUUAUAAAAUUUAGAAAAUAACACAACAUAAUAUUUUAUUUUAUCAAUGAUAAACGAAUUAAUCAUAUUAGAUUUAUUACCAAUAUCAAAUAAUUUAUAUUAAAUGUUGGCUUAAUUAUUAAUAAAUGCUUAAACUUUAAAUGACAUUGAAUAGUAGGUAGAAAUGAAAAAUAAUUGCCUUAAUGUAAUUGAAACUAUAAUUUUAUAACAAAUAGGAAGUAUAGAUGCAACAUUUUAUGGAAAUCUAAUUGUAUUUUUAUUGAAAGAAUUCUAAAACUUUUAAUAAACGACUUUAAAAUCAUUUAAAUUUAUUGACUUAAAAACUAAAGUUAUCAACAUUUUAAAUAUAUUUAUAUUUAAAGAGGAAAAAUAUUUUAUGGAAUUAUUUAAAGAAAAUAAGGUAGAUAAAGAUUAAUACUUCAUUUAAAGGUAAGAAAAUUCUAUCAAUAUAAUUAAUAAAGGAUACAAAAAAUUAAAUACAAUAGUGACUUUAUUAUUUUUUAAAUUUAUUUCUUAGCCUAUUAUAAAAAAUUUUAUUGAGCCUGUAAUAAAAGAAUGUAUAGUUGAGAUUCAAUACGAAAUUGAUAUGUAGAAUGGAUAAUAUCGAGAAUAAUAAAUAAAAAAUCGUUUAUAAUAUCAUAACAUGGAGAAAGUAAGAUUAAGUAAGAAUAGAGAAAGUUUUGAGAGAGAAAAGUUAUUAGAGAGAAAAUUGGAUUAUGGAAAACUAAAUAUGUAAUAAAUAGUAGUAGGAACAAUAAAUGUAUAAAUAAUUUUCUAUAAUUAGUAAGUUAUGAUAUAAUUGAGCUUUUAAGAAAUGUCUCAGCUAAUUUAAGAUUAAAAUUUAUUAGACUAACUAAACUUAUUAUUAGAUGAAUGCUGA